AGCCGCGGGGUCUUCUAAACCAGAAAGUCUCCAGAGCUAGCGGCAGGCUGUUUGCGGCGACUCUGUAUUUAUACGCAGUCUUAGAAGCAGGUGGGGGAAAAAGUAUCGUCACUGGAGCUGAGACCAGGCGGCCAGAGUCCUCAGGGAUGAACCUCGAGUUGCUGGAGUCCUUUGGGCAGAAUUAUCCAGAGGAAGCUGAUGGAACGUUGGAUUGUAUUAGCAUGGCCCUGACUUGCACCUUUAACAGGUGGGGCACGCUGCUUGCAGUUGGCUGUAAUGAUGGCCGAAUUGUCAUCUGGGAUUUCUUGACAAGAGGCAUUGCUAAAAUAAUCAGUGCACACAUCCAUCCAGUCUGUUCUUUAUGCUGGAGUCGAGAUGGUCAUAAGCUUGUGAGCGCUUCCACUGAUAACAUAGUGUCACAGUGGGAUGUUCUUUCAGGCGACUGUGACCAGAGGUUUCGAUUCCCUUCACCCAUCUUAAAAGUCCAGUAUCAUCCACGAGAUCAGAACAAGGUUCUCGUGUGUCCCAUGAAAUCUGCUCCUGUCAUGUUGACCCUUUCAGAUUCCAAACAUGUUGUUCUGCCAGUAGACGAUGACUCCGACUUGAACGUGGUUGCAUCUUUUGAUAGACGAGGGGAAUAUAUCUAUACAGGAAAUGCAAAAGGCAAGAUUUUGGUCCUAAAAACAGAUUCUCAGGAUCUUGUUGCUUCCUUUAGAGUAACAACUGGAACAAGCAAUACCACCGCCAUUAAGUCAAUAGAAUUUGCCCGGAAGGGGAGUUGCUUUUUAAUUAACACAGCAGAUCGAAUAAUCAGAGUUUAUGAUGGCCGAGAAAUCUUAACCUGUGGAAGAGAUGGAGAGCCUGAACCCAUGCAGAAAUUACAGGACUUAGUAAAUAGGACCCCGUGGAAGAAAUGUUGUUUCUCUGGGGAUGGGGAAUACAUAGUAGCAGGUUCAGCUCGGCAGCAUGCCCUGUACAUCUGGGAGAAGAGCAUAGGCAACCUGGUGAAGAUUCUCCACGGGACGAGAGGAGAACUGCUCUUGGAUGUAGCUUGGCAUCCUGUUCGACCCAUCAUAGCUUCUAUUUCUAGUGGAGUGGUGUCUAUCUGGGCACAAAAUCAAGUAGAAAAUUGGAGUGCCUUUGCACCAGACUUCAAAGAGUUGGAUGAAAAUGUAGAAUAUGAGGAAAGGGAAUCAGAGUUUGAUAUUGAAGAUGAAGAUAAGAGUGAGCCUGAGCAGACAGGGGCUGAUGCUGCUGAGGAUGAAGAAGUAGAUGUCACCAGUGUGGACCCCAUUGCUGCCUUCUGUAGCAGUGAUGAAGAGCUGGAAGAUUCAAAGGCUCUAUUGUAUUUACCCAUUGCCCCUGAGGUAGAAGACCCAGAAGAAAAUCCUUAUGGCCCCCCACCGGAUGCAGUCCAAACUUCCUUGAUGGACGAAGGGGCUAGUUCAGAGAAGAAGAGGCAGUCUUCAGCAGAUGGGUCCCAGCCACCUAAGAAGAAACCCAAAACAACCAAUAUAGAACUUCAAGGAGUACCAAAUGAUGAAGUCCAUCCACUACUGGGUGUGAAGGGGGAUGGCAAAUCCAAGAAGAAGCAAGCAGGCCGGCCUAAAGGAUCAAAAGGUAAAGAGAAAGAUUCUCCAUUUAAACCGAAACUCUACAAAGGGGACAGAGGUUUACCUCUGGAAGGAUCAGCGAAGGGUAAAGUGCAGGCGGAACUCAGCCAGCCCUUGACAGCAGGGGGAGCAAUCUCCGAACUGUUAUGAAGACCCUUGAAGUGCUUCGUUCUGCCCCACUUUUCCAUCAUGUGGCCUCUGGACACUGUGGUCAGUCAUUUGAGAUUGACUUUAAUUUAAAGCAAAGGCAUCUGCUUCUCACCCAGGAGGUGGAAGGAGUGAAUUUUAUGUUUGAAUGAAGAAGUGAAUUAUGAAAGAAGAGUAUACGUCCCUUCCCUUUCAAGCAUAAGUCCAAAUAGGCUCUCAGGAAUGAGGAUUUGUGAAGACAUCGAAUGGGAGUUUGACUGAUUUAAACUUUAAUACUGAGUUAUGUUGCUGGAGAAAAGAUACCUGUUUUGCUCAUCUGAUUUUAUUGUACCCAUCAUCAUUUUGACCUGUCAUUUCCUGUCUCCUCUAUCUGCCUUCCAUCCUCAGUGCUUGUCUUUGAGUGACUUGUUCUUACUGAAAUUCUGCUAUCCGUAUCCUAGAAAACUUUGUUGCAUAUUCUUUCUUCCAUUUUGAAACUUACCCUCUUACCAGAUACAUCCUGUAUUUCCAUAUUGUGGACAAACAAUGGGCAGAAAAGAAAGUGCUUGAAAGAUUUGAAAUUUUCGGAAACAGUAGAAAGAUUAGAAAGGCCCCUUCUUUCUAACAUACCCCAUUUUGCUCAAGAAGCUGGGCUGCAAGAGGGUCAGGGAUUUUCUCUUCCUUUGAUUGCAUGUUUCCCUCCAGUAUUGGUUCCUUCUCAUUACUCAUGGUUUUUAAAGAUGGUUUCAUCCGUCUCCAGCAAAGAAUCAUCAAUAGUUUGCAUUGUUUUAUCUGUGCUGGCUUCCAGACAUGGAAACAAACCAAGGUGUCUCAACAAGCUUCUUUUUUAUUGGGGUGGGGGAAUCUAUGCAAGGACUAAAGUAAAACCAUCCAAAAUCAAAGCAGCAACAACACAGUUCAAAUCACAGAUCAAGGAACAAAUUUUUUUUUAUCGUUGCAUGUGGAUAUCUGUCCUUCCAUCAGUCAUUGUAGUUUUCCAUUCUCAUAUCUAUACUUCUUUUCCUUACAUCUUUCAGUCACUUCCUUUCUGUGAAAGGUUGCUUAGCUUUUAAAAAAAUUUUUUACUUUUUGCUUUUGCUGUUCUUUUAUAUAAAAAGUAGCAGGUUGGAUGGAUAUGUACAUUAGGUGUUUGAAAUUAUCUGAAAAUCCAAGUAAAGAAAUAAAGUGUGGGGUGGGCUCACUAGCCUCUCUGAGUAGAACUUUUAGCUGACCAGAAGUGCUUAACCUGGAUCAUCGUUUUCACAGUAUUCUCAAAGGAGAGUUUAAACACUGUGCUUAUUGUGAAAUCUCUUAUCAGCUAGUGGGUGCUCCUACAGGUAGCCAAACAAGCUGAUUACCUUUUAGAUUUUAGGGUUGAAAUCAAAGUAGAACAUAUCAGUAAGAGCCUCUUUCUCCUAUUCCACCUUGUAGCACCAGAAUAUUCAGUAGUUGAAGUGAGAGCUCUCUCAGUCAGUUGCAAUAUGUCUAUAUUUUUAGAUGCCACUAUUUUUUCUUCAAAUGCUUAUUUUGUGAAUUUCAUUUAAUAUAUCAUCUCAGACCACUGAUUGAGAUUAGUAUGUGGCUCACUAACAUUUUUGUUUUGCAGACAUAACUUCCAUUCCUUAUCUUUCUCUACUGUACACUGCAAUAGUGUGAAAACAGUGUCAUACAAAGGCUUAUUUCCAUGUGCAAAGUAGCUCGGUGUCUUCUACCUGUGCAUUUGGAUAUUUAUGUUGUGUCCAUCUCCUAAACUGGCUACUGAGAAAAUCAACUUCAGCCCUGUCAGAUAGUCUCUGGCAGCAGCUCCUAAUAAUUAUUUAUGCUUUUGGAAUUUUUUUCAGCUCCUAAAGCCUCUGUCCAUUUCAGUUUGAUUUUCUAAAUUUGUACAAUAUACACAUAUUCUCUUCUUCCUAUUUGUCAUCUCCACCCCCAUUUUGUUUUCUAAUGUUCUGUAGUUUUGUAAAAGCCUUGGGUACUUCUUGCUGAAGCUUUAAUGCUUUGUAAAUAAAAUUGGAUGUUUAUUAAAGAAGA